UGUCGCAGCGCCACCGGCAGGAUCGGAGGGCGCACUGUGGCACUAACGUGGAACUGCAGCUUGGGGCCUGAGUCUCGAUUUUGUCGUGAUAAAAAAAAUAUGCUCGUAUUAAUAGCGAAUUAACUACUAACCAACCCCCGGGGAGUUGGUAAAACGCUACUUAGCACUUUUUUUCAACUAGAUUCGUGUGUUUUGAAGGACCGGUGAGGUGUUACAACCGGCCGGCUAGUAGACGCUAAUUCGGCUAACGUUAGUUAAUCUGUAUACAAUAAAUAAACAAACGACAAUAAAAACAAAAAUAAUGGCCACUGUGGUGAUUCCUGCCGCUACUACUGCGCUUUUACUGGACAUCGAAGGCACAACCACUCCGAUCACCUUUGUAAAGGAUAUUCUUUUUCCAUACAUACGUGAGCAUCUCGAAGACUACCUGUCGGCUCACUGGGAGGAAGAUGAGUGCAAACAAGACGUCCAUCUUCUUAAAAAACAGAUCGAAGAGGACAUGAGGCAGAACCGGGCGUGUCCCGUCCACGCCGUGGACCAGACGGUGCACACGGACGAGGAGAAGGCCAUCCGGGAGGUGGUGGACGACGUGCUGUGGCAGAUGGCCGCCGACCGAAAGUCCACGGCGCUCAAGCGGCUGCAGGGUCACAUGUGGCGAGCGGCGUACGCCUCGGGCACAAUCAAAGGCGAGCUCUACCAGGACGUGACGCCAUCCAUCCGAAGGUGGCGAGGGCAAGGUCUCAAGGUCUUCAUCUACUCGUCGGGCAGCGUGGAGGCCCAGAAACUCCUCUUCACACACUCCGUCGAGGGCGACGUUUUAGACUUAUUCGACGGCCACUUCGACACAGCCGUCGGUGCCAAAGUGGACGCAAAAAGCUACGAAAGGAUCGCCGAGAGGAUCGGUUGCGCGCCGGAGGAAAUUGUCUUCCUGACGGACGUCACGCGAGAGGCCAAAGCGGCGGAGGACGCCGGCGUCAACGCGGUGGUGGUGGCGCGGCCGGGCAACGCCGAGCUGACGGAAGAGGAAGCGGCGCACUACCGCGUCAUCACGUCCUUCGGCCAGCUGGAAGUGACGGGCAGAGCUUAACGUCCGUCGGGAGGAGGCGCCACGAGAACCUCAAUCAUUUGUCCUGUUUCUUGAUUUUUUUUUUAAACAUCCUAAAGGCCUCAACCUCACUGUUGUGUAUUAUUUUCCACAAUGAAGUUUUAUUUACAGUAAACGUGCCAUCCUGGUUGA